AGCUUGGUAGCAACAAAAUGGCGACGACUUUAUCAACAACUGCAGCACAGCACGUCGCCAGUCUUUCGAAAGAACAAGGAAAGCAGUGUCUCCUGAAACAUUUAGGAUGGCAGCCUUUCAACCCAGAGCUGGCCAUGCGCCAAGACAUCCAUUUGGAUUUCCUACAUGAUUGCCUCAUGUUUGCUGUUGAAAAGGGCUUCUCUUGGGACCAGGUGUGUGUUGCUGUGGAAUUCUCCGAGCAACUCUUACAGGAAUCAAUAGGUAAAAGUCUUCCAGAUACUUUGGAAUUAUUCAAACAGAAAUCAGAAGAUUUGGGAUUUGUUCUAGCUUCAAGAAAUUACAAAGUUUAUGCAGAGUAUGUGUUUUUAACAUUCAUGAGGCAUUACAGACUAUUCCAAUUUGUAUUUACACAUGAUCGUGAAAGUGAGGUACCCAAUGUCCAGUUAGAGAUUCAUACUCCCCCAUCAUCAUGUUCAGAAGCCUUAAAGACAGCAAAAGAGAAACGCAUCUGGGAAUAUAACCAGAAAUAUGAGGCAGUAGAACAGAAGGAGAGGGAUUGUGCUGAACAGAGGGUCGCCAAACGAGAGAAACAAGCCGCAGAAGCCAUUCAACAGAAGGAACAGAUCAUAAAGACAGUCACAGAUACUCAGCAACAACAGCCGUUAAAUAAAGAAAAAGUAGGGGAGAUAAUUCGAGAGGUGUUACAAGCACACACCAGUGCUAUGGUGGAAAAGAUUAAAGGCAACGUUACAGACAUGAAGGAGAGUCUGGAGCUUAAACUGGAGAAGACAAGCAUCCCUCGCCCCCCUAACAUGGGCCAGCCUCCGAGAUUCAACACGAAGCCGAAGACACCAACAGUGACUCCAGUGAGGAAACCUAAAAGUCCUAAGGAAGACGGCAAGAAGUCAACAGGGUCAAGUAGGAGCCGGAGUAGCGCCUCCAAGUCCUGAUGGAUCAGACACUGUCUUCCUCCAACAGACAAAAUACUUGUUGUGUGGUCUAAACUUUCUGUGAUAAACAUUGCAAUACGGACUUCAUUAUUUUGUAAAAAAAACACCUGUAUGAGAAAAUUUGAUUGGUUGAGUUUAAUAAUAUUUCAGUUAUUGAAACAUUUUCUUGUUACUUGUUUUCAAAAUUGUCAUUGUUUUUAAAGGCUUGUGCUUUAAAGGACCAAUCACAUAUUAAUUUCAGGUUCUGGCAAGCUGGAUUGAAUUUCAAAAGGAAUGUUCCCCAAAGGUUGUUUUGACUACUAAUUUCAAUUAAGUGAUUCAACCUCACUGGAGACGAUCCUUUCUAUGAGCUCUUUAAUUCUCAUCAAUUUGUUCAGCAUGUCUCUGAGGGCAAUAGUCUAAAAUAUCUUUGACUAGAGAUGUUCCUUGUUUUGCUGCAAUACAGAUACAAUGUUGCUGUGAUGUGUUUAUACUGGUAAUAUAUUUAUUUUUAUGAAAUUGUUAGCAAUGCAUCUUAAACACAUCAAUAUUUAAAGUAGAGUUGGAAGUGAAAUUGAUGUGGUUUUAAAAUAUUUUGCAAUUCUUCAAUAAGUACAAACUGAAAGUAUAAAUAUUACAGUUAACCUGACAAAGCUAACUGGAAAUCUACACAAGGUUUCACAUUUACUUGAUUAUGAAUAAGGACAAUUACUGUAGAGAGCGUUUUAAAACAUUCGUGUUUUCUGAAAUUCAAGAAAAAAUUAUGACUGUUUUUUAUGGAAGAGUGAUAAUGGAUGUGAUCUGAGGUAAAGUGUGGUGAGAUUUCAAACGUGACAGUAAACAUACUGUUACACAUUGUUAAACAAUUUAACAUUCUGGUACACAUUGUAAAACUACUUUAUGUGAUAACUUUAUGUGUUUCUGAUAUUAUAUAGUAACAGUUGUAAAGUUGUGUUAAAAUUAAAAAGAUCUAUUUAUUUCCUAUAACUGAAAUAGAUCUACCACUUUGUAUACAUACACCUACUGCUGUUUUGUAUGCACAAAAUGAAAUAGAUCUCCUUCUUUGUGUGUACUGCAAAUGAAAUAAACCCUACUGUUUUAAGUGUAUGUACUGCAAAUGAAAUAGACCUACUGUUUUGCAUGUACUACUUAAUAAAAUAGAUCUACCACAU